UGUGUCAUAUCCCACAUUGAUUUAGGGAUAUCUUGUAUGGUGUAUAACUAUUUUUACACAUAUCUUUUAAGGCUGUUGGAUCCAUGAAAAAGAAAACAUGGUUCAAAUUGAAACCUUUCAUAUCUAAAUGAGAUAUUAGUUUGGAUACUUUUAAAAAAAAUGGUAAAGUAUUUCAAGUUACCUUCAAGCAGCCUCACAGGAUGGGCAUAUUAGAAAAUACUAACUAAUGUAGACAAACUACCAAUAUAUGUAUGAAUUGUUCGAAAACGUUCGAAUUUUAAUAGGAUUAUAAUAUUUCAGAGCAAUGGAAGAACCGAAACCAGACAACGAUGAAGCACAAGAGGAUAACAGUACACCCGAAGUCAGCAAACGAUGGAACUGUACCAUAAUGAUUACAAUUAUAAUAGAAAUAUUAAUUUUGGCAGUUGUUUGUAUUUUGGAAUAUUUUCUGAGAUUCACAACAGUCUUCCCAAUACGAAAGGUGAACUUCUCUUGUACAGAUAAUGAUAUUAAAUAUUCCACAUCGAAAGAGGCAGGAUUGACAUUUGAUAUGCACAUUCCUGUGGCACUAAUAUAUAUAUUAGAUUUCUGUAUACCGAUCGGCAUUAUGCUAUUAUCUGAAACUGGAAUUUGGGCAUUUGUCAGCGACAACAAGAAAUCUUUAAAAACUGGUCGUUUGAAAUUUACGCAAGUUAUUCGACGCAUGAUGCGCUUUACUGGUGUUUUCCUAUUUGGCAUUUUAUCGCUUAUGAUCUAUGUAGAUAUUAUAAAACUAAUGACAGGACGAUUAGCACCAAAUUUUCUUGAAGUAUGUAAACCUAAUAUGUCACAGUGUACCAGCCAGUCUAAUUAUGGUGGGGACGAAUUGUGUACACAAACAGACGAAAUCAAAUUAAGACAAUCUAGAUCGUCGUUUCCAUCUUUAUAUUCAGCAAUGUCAACAUUUUCCUCUGUAUUCAUUGUGAUAUACAUUCACAGAGCCCUAAAAUCUCAUUCAGGGCGAAUAUUCCGACCGUUUCUAUCAUUUAUCUUCCUAAUGUUGGCAUUACUAUGUGGUCUGUGGGAAAUACGUACCUACCGGUGUCACUGGACGGAUGUAGUUACUGGAUAUGUUAUUGGUCUUGUCCUUGCAGCAUACCUGUGUCUAAUUUCACUGCAAUAUCAUAAAGAACGAAAAGACGACGACAAUAUAAUUAAGUUUUUCCAGCAGUUAAUUAAAGAUCAAGAGGAAGAGAACGCAAACAUGCGAAUGUCAAAGAACAGAAAUUUACAACGACAAAAAGUCAUAUAUUCCAGUCCAAAGACAAGGUGGCAUCGUGCUGUUACAUCACUACAAGAAACUAGACAAAACGACCCUGAAUUGUACAAUACGUUCCAGAGAGACUUAUCAAAAGGCAUAGAUCAUUAUAGAGACAGAAGGAAUACACUUAUUGAUACAACUCAUAUAACAUGAAUAAUUAAAUGUCUGUAUAUAUAUCAUGAAAGUCUUGUAUCAAUAACAGUGGUAAAAUGUUCACGUCACUCAUUAAUAUAAAAGUAGUUUAGUGAUGUUCUGCUUAUGUAAGUGGUAAAUGUUCUGUAUAAAUAUUGAAAAUAUGAGCAAACAUUAUACGUUAUUUAAGUUAACUCUCCGAAAUAGUGAAAAUUGUAAUACGGAAUAUACAAAAUUAUACAUAAAAAUUUAAAUAUCAGAUAAAAUGAUGUGGUGUGUUUGAAAACCGAAACAUCUAUGCACUUAAAUUAUUAUCUUAACAGGAUUCAGGCUAUUAAGGACAAUCAACAAAUUCUGAAUGUGUUAUAAUAUGAAACAUGAUGUAUUACAAUUAAAAUAUGUAAAUAGUA